ACACAAUCGGUCCGCUGGUACGUGAACGCAGCACUGCUAUCUCCGUGGCGAUGCAGCGGAACUGUGAUGCAAUCUGUCGCAAGGAUUUAAGUUUAUGUCCAUAACAUUGAUCAAUGGUUAUGUUUGAGGUGUCGCUUCGCGUUAUACAGACGCUUGGAUUUCAGGGAGAUACGUUUUCUUUUUAUCAGCCAAACGGCAAUUUUAACACCUUGGUUUUCUCACUUUAGCUUCUGUUAGCACGCUAGCAACCACCAAUAAUUGGUAUAUUUUGUAUCUUACUCCACGUUCGCGAAGUUUAUGUUAACAGUGACACCCUUAAAUUAGGCCCGUGUGGAGGAACACCAAAAUUUUAACUUCUGCGUUUCUGUCAGGCAAUUAGCACCAGUAUAGGUCCGAGUCGUUCUGACAUGUUUUAAAGGUCCGGGGACAGAUCACAACAUCCCCACAUACGUGUACCUGGACCUUGGAUCUCAUGGCGACUGCUGCCCCACCAUCUCCCGGCGCCGCUCCCUCCGAGGCGCCGAACCCGAGCACCAGCGGGGCCAGCGUGAAUAAUGACAGUGGAAGCCAGGACAGCACGUUCGAGUGUAAUAUUUGCCUUGACACGUCUAAAGAUGCAGUGAUCAGCCUCUGUGGGCAUCUUUUCUGUUGGCCAUGCUUGCAUCAGUGGUUGGAGACCAGGCCAAACAGACAAGUUUGUCCAGUGUGCAAAGCUGGAAUCAGCAGAGACAAAGUAAUCCCCUUGUAUGGGCGAGGAAGCACUGCCCAGCAGGACCCGAGGGAACGAACACCUCCACGACCACAAGGACAGAGGCCAGAGCCUGAAAACCGUGGCGGUUUUCAGGGUUUUGGAUUUGGAGAUGGAGGAUUUCAGAUGUCGUUUGGGAUCGGUGCCUUCCCGUUUGGUAUUUUCGCCACUGCUUUUAACAUUAACGACGGCAGACCACCACCAGCAGCCCCAGGGACACCACAACACACGGAUGAGCAGUUUCUGUCGAGACUUUUCCUCUUUGUAGCGCUGGUGAUUAUGUUUUGGCUGCUCAUUGCCUAAUGGACUGCAUACCAAAUACACAUCAUUGUGUUGGACAAACAGAAAAAGCAAGAUCCACUGGAAGGAAAAAACAUACCAUGCAUUGUGUGGAUUUCAAUUUAUGAAUGGGGUCACCGUAUUGAAUACUUUCCUGUGAAAAGGGUGCAAUAUGUUGCUUGUCUAACCACUACCUGAAACUGUAGAUUAUUUGGCUGCUCAUUGUUUAGAAUUUAGUUGAGUUUUCUCAACGAGCCUCAAUCCAGAUUGAUUUUGACUUUUGCAUUUCAAUGAACUGUGGAAUCAAUUUCUCAGCGAAUGUGAGGUAAUAAAACGAAACAGGACAGAUAAGAGGAAGCCAAUUCUGUAAAUGAAUUUUAUUGUAAAACAAACAUUUAACAAUUUGCACUAAAGAGUUUUCUGUUGAGUCUUAUAAAUUGAUACAGAAGAACCUCAACUUAAUAUAGACUCAACAUAAUCACAAACAACCUUUAACUGCCAAAUUGAAGGAAAUUAGUCUAUUAAUAUCUAUUGUCGGACUAAACCGCCAGACUGUAAACCAGAGGAUAUUUGUUCAUGUUUCAGGUUUUACUUGAGUAAAACACGACUGUAUAAAAAUGGCUGAUAACUAGGUCAGAACAUAAAAUCGAAAUAAAAACUCCUUGGUAUAUCAGUCGAUGUAUUUCUUUUAACAGAGGCCUACUUUCCAUGUUUUGUCUGAUCUGGUAAAAGAGAAGUGCUACUUACCCUAAUGGAUGAGAGAAAAUGUAAUCUAAGGGAAAGAGUUGGGCAGAGGAAAAUUGUUACAUUGACUGUUUUUAUUAUACCAAUUUAAAAACUAGAAAGCAGAUCUGGAAUAUGGUAUGUAUUAUUAAAAAUCUUGAUAUAACAACAUAGCUAAACAGUAGUCAUUUAGCCAUGUGAUAUACUUGAAAUAUUUAUUCAAGUAUUCGCUUUUUUAACUCUGCAGCUAUCCUCUUGAUCAACACCUAUUUAAAAUAUAAAUGUUCUGAUAGCUCGAAUCUGUAUUAACUGUAUUUAAAGAUGGGACAAAUAAAGGAUAUCGGAGCCAUUCACAUAUGCCUCAAACACAUUUUAAUAUAGCAAUACGAUUUGGAUUUCUAUAAAAAUAUGGACUUUAAAUCACAACCUUUGUUAGCAAAAUGUAAACUAUUGGGGUUUGGUUUUCCAAAAAAAGGCCCACUGAUUAAUGAUAAGCAUAUAAGCCUACAUAGUCACUUAUUUA